AUGUCUCUCAAGUACAUCCUCCCUGUUCUGGCUGCUAGCCAGGCCGUUUUCGCUGCCGACUGCGGUGACACCAAGAUCAAGACUCAGAGCGAUGCUGAUGGCAUUAACACCUGCUCCACCCUCAAGGGUGAUGUGACCAUCGACAAGUCCUUCAGCGGCGACCUCCAACUCAACGGAAUCAAAAAGAUCACCGGUGGCCUUCUCUGCUCUGGCGGUGCUAACGUCAGCUCCAUCACCGCUUCUUCCCUCACCUCCAUCGGCAAGGGCUUCGACUUGGAGGGUCUCACCACCCUGACCCUGCUCGAGUUCGCUGAGCUUGACUCUGUUGGUUCCAUCAACUGGGAGGCUCUCCCCAAGCUUCAGUCCCUGAACUUCGCCAAGGGUGUCACACAGGCCGGCGAUGUCAGCAUCGCUAACACCGGUCUGACUGACCUCAACGGUAUCUCCCUCAAGACCGUUGGUACCUUCAGCAUCCAGAACAACCGUGACCUGAAGACCAUCGACAUCAACAACCUGCAGAACGCCACCAACAUUAUCAGCUUCUCGGGUAACUUCGACACCCUGGAGAUCAACCUCCCCAACCUGGGCACCGGUACCAACAUGACCUUCCAGAACAUCUCCUCCGUCUCUGUGCCUUCUCUUGAGAAGCUCACUGGCCAGCUCGGCUUCUGGGGUACCCAGUUUGAGACUUUCUCCGCUCCCAACCUUACCCAGACUGGUGAUUUGAUCUUCAAGGACAACAGCAAGCUGUCCAACAUCAGCAUGCCCGUCCUGAAGACUGUCUCCGGUGGCUUCACCAUUGCCCGUGAUGACAAGCUGUCCACCAUCUCUCUGCCCAUGCUCGAGCGUGUCAACGGUGCCAUUGACUUCAGCGGUACCUUCAACAAGCUUUCUCUUGGUGCUCUCAAGGAUGUUGAGGGUAGCUUCAACAUGCAGUCCACCCGCGGUAACUUCAGCUGCGACGACCUCCGCAAGCUGAAGAGCGACAACGUCAUCAAGGGUAACUUCAAGUGCGAUGCCACCAACAACAACCCCACCACUGCCAACGGCGGCAAAGGUACCUCCAGCUCCAGCUCUGGCGGCUCUUCCAGCACCAGCUCCGGCGCUGCCUUCAUGACCGGUGCCAACGUUCCCGUCGUUGGUCUCGCCGCCGUCUUCGGUGCCCUUGCCCAGCUUCUGUAA